GCGCCAACGACUCACACGACUUUCCUGCACAACGCCUGCUAGUUUUAUAUUCACUUUGUUCCUCCCUGAGCAUUCUUACACCAAGACGUCCAGAAAAUUACUCGGCGACAAACAUGGCUGGCGCAAAAGUCUUUUCCAUCGAGGGCAAGGGCCUGAAACUCACGACUGCGGCGGAUAUUGAGCCGCACAUUCAGGACCUGAAGAGCAAUGACGAUGUCGAAGAGGUCAAGUUUCUGGGCAACACUCUGGGUAUCGAGGCCAGCGAGGCGCUGGCCAAAGUGCUAGAGACCAAGAAGAAUCUGCAGAUCGCAAACCUUGCAGACAUCUUCACCUCGCGGCUGCUCUCUGAGAUUCCACCCGCGCUCUCCCACCUCCUUACCUCGCUCCUCACACUACCUAAACUACACACGGUCGAUCUCUCCGACAACGCCUUUGGCCUCAACACGGUGGCCCCGCUCGUCGACUUCCUGUCGCAACACACCCCUCUCCGCUAUCUGUACCUGAACAACAACGGCCUUGGCCCAGCUGCCGGUGUACUCGUCGCCGAUGCGCUUACUGCACUUGCCGCGAAGAAGGAGGCUGCGCGCAAGGAGGGCAAGGAUGUACCAGACCUUGAGCUCGUCAUCUGUGGUCGCAACCGGCUGGAGAACGGCAGUAUGGCCGCAUGGGCAAAAGCCUACGCAGCCAACAGCGGCGUAAAGACGAUCAAGAUGACGCAGAACGGUAUCCGGCAGGAGGGUAUCUCGCACCUCAUCACCAACGGCCUCGCACACCUGACCAAGCUCGACACGCUCGACCUCCAGGACAACACAUUCACAGUCAUGGGCGCAAAGGCCCUCAGCGAGACGGUUGUAAAAUGGACUGAUCUCCGUGAACUCGGCGUAGGCGACUGUCUGCUCAGCGGCCGCGGCGGCAUUGCGCUCGCCGCUGCGCUGGAAAGGGGCAAGAACAAGAAAGUCGAGGUGCUUCGCCUCCAAUUCAACGACAUCAACGCAAAGGGUCUCGCCGGGCUUGCCUCUGCAUCCUCGACAGCGCUGCCUCUGCUGCGCCGCGUGGAAAUCAACGGCAACAAGUUUGACGAGGAGGAUCCCAGUGUCGAGAAGCUGCGCGAAGUCCUAGACGCACGCAAGGAAGAGUCUGGUGAGAAUGAAGACGACGACGAGUACUGGGGUCUGGACGAGCUCGACGAGCUCGAGAGCGACGAUGAAGAUGAAGAGGAGAGCGACGAGGACGAGGACGAGAAGAGGGGCGCCGAUGUCCAAGAGCGUGCUACAAAACAGUUGGCUGAUGAUGCAAGGGCCGAGGAGAGUAAUGUGCCGCAGGACAAGGACAAGAAGGUGGACGAGCUGGCUGACUUGAUGAGCAAGACCGAGAUCAAGUAGGUGCUGGAAGCCAUGUUAUUUUUUUACUCAAUCGUGGAUGCGAAAG